UUCCACACGCUUUUCCCCAAAUCGCCGCCGCCGCCAUGGAGGAGAAGAAGCUCUCCUUCUCCAUCGCCUCCAAGCCCAGGCCGCCCAAGCCGCCCAGCUCCGCCGCCAACGGCAACUCUCCAUCCGCAUCCGCGACUGCCGCCCCCGCGCAGCAGUUCGUCACCGAGUUCGAUCCGUCCCAAACCCUAACCGCCGGCGCCGCGCCCGCCGUCAUCGCGCCGCUCCCCAACUCCGGCCACUUCCUCAACCACCGCUCCCGCAAGCCCUCCUCCCUCCCGACCCCCGAGGAGGAGGCCGCCCUCGCCGCCUCCACCGCCGGCGGGCCCACGUUCGUGCUCGACACCUCCACCAACCCCGACAACCCCUCCUCCCACAUAGGCUACGGCCUCACCCUACGCAACGGCGACGCCGAUGCCGAGUCGGACAAGCCUUCCGCCGCGGAACCGGAGAAGAAGCCGCCCUCUCCGGCCCGAGACGGCUCCAGCGGCGACCUUAUGCUGCGGCGGUACAAGGAGGACAUGGCCAGCCUCCCCGACCACCGUGGCAUAGACGAGUUUGAGGAGGUCCCUGUGGAGGGCUUUGGUGCCGCCCUCCUUGCUGGCUACGGCUGGUCGCAAGGUAAAGGCGUUGGUAGGAAUAACAAGGGGGAUUGCAAAGUUGUUGAGUAUCAGCGCCGAGCUGGUACGCUGGGGUUAGGCUAUGACCCCUCUGAGGCUGAUCCUAAGAAGACCCGUUCCGGCGAAUGGAUUAUCGGUGGGAAGAAGGGCGCGGAGAAUGGGAAUGCGAAGAAGGCCGCCGAUAAUGGGAGUGCGAAGAAGAGAGAUAGGGACAGGGAAGAUAGAGCUGGGGAGAGGGAUUUGAGCACUCGGCAGAAGAGAUCUGGUGACCAUAGGACAGAGAGGGAGGUUAAGGAGAAAGAUAGAAAUGCUCGGGAUAGCCGAGAAGGCGAGCGGAGUCGUGAUGUUGCUAACAAAGUGCGGUGGUUACAGAGCAAUAUCAGGGUGCGAGUGGUUACCAAGAGGCUCAGCAAAAGGUUGUACUUGCAGAAGGGCAGAAUUGUCGAUGUGGUGGGGCCGACAACAUGUGACAUACGGAUGGAUGAGGGGUCAGAGCUGGUGCAGGGGGUGGAGCAGGAUAUGCUCGAAACAGUCCUGCCGCGGACGAGCGGGCGGGUGCUCGUGCUCUGUGGGAAGCACAAGGGGGUGUAUGGGCAUCUGGUAGAGAAGAAUGCAGAGGCAGAGACUGGACUGGUGGAGGACGCUGAUACAAAAGGCAUGGUUCGUGUGAACUAUGAUCAGAUUGCAGAGUACGUUGGGGACCCGGAAUUGCUUGGACAUUGAUCAUUUCUUCUUCUUGAGGAGUGGCCAUCUGUAUACCAGGAGCUCUUCUACUGUGCUAGGUUGAGGUUCCUAUUUCCUAUAAUGCCUGCUGCUGCUCACAACAGGUGUGGAUCUUUGAAACCUGUAUUAGAGAGCACCUGGCAACAAGUUUUCAGGAGGCAGAUUAAUCAAGUGCUCUGCUUUUCUUUGUGAUAUAUGAUGUCCUGUUUCUGGUUUGCACAUAGCACUAGAAAUUUCAAACACUCCACAAUCCACCCACAAAUUACAUCCUAAUUCCUAACCUAUUAUAUGUGAAGCGUCUUAAUCAUCUUCAGACUGGCAGCUUUGUUUCCUUUUGGUGUCAUUACCUUGCGUCUGUGAUAAUCUAAUGGCAUCUGCGGUUCAUGCUCUUGCGCAGUACGCAUAUCUCAUGACUGUCUAACAGAAGUUCAGGUUGAGAUUAUUUUCUUCCCUGAAUUGCAAUUGUCAAUGUGUUAAUGAGGGAUACUAAUCCUGACAUGUUCCAUAUCCAUAUUCAAGUGUCAUGGGGUGCAUUCACUUCAUUUUCAUGCUUCAGGUUGUAAACAACAGUGCGCUGAAAAUUGUAAAUUGUUGUGGCUGAGACCAAACAGGAUAGGUAGAUGAAUAUUGGGCUCCUAUGUGUUUGAAUUUACUGGAAUUCCAAGAGAUUCUUUUUUAUGUGUUACCUGCUAAUAUG